AGGAUAUCGAGAAAAAAGAGAGAACUGAGAUACGUUGAGGGCUUGUGUUUGAGGCCACUGGCCAGGCGAGGCGAUGAAGGCUGGGUUACCAAAUUAGCGGCGGCUGUUCUGGGCCAAGGCAAUCUCGCCGAUAUGCUCUGGGACAGGGUCCUGACUGCUGAGCCAACCCUCAGCUGCAUAGAGCAGGAGAGACAGGCACUUCUUAAGAUUAAGGAGGACCUUAUUGAUGACUAUGGUCAUCUUUAUUCUUGGAGUGCUGAAGAAGGGUCAAAAGAUUGUUGCAAAUGGGGAGGGGUCCGCUGUAGCAACCAAACAGGCCACAUAAUCAUGCUCAAUCUUAAUUUCUCCAACUUGGAACCUUUGAGAGGUAAACUUAGUCCUUUUUUGAUUGACUUACAAUAUUUGAAUCAUUUGGACGUGCAAAACAAUGAUUUUAAUCAAAGCCAAAUCCCAAACUCCAUUGGUUCUCUCUCCAACCUGAUACACCUUGACCUUAAAUUUGCAAAUUUCGGAACAAACAUUCCUUUUCAUCUUGGGAACCUUUCGAGCCUGCAGUAUCUUGAUCUUAGCUGGAAUAAUUUUAAUAAUCCUGAAAACUUAGAGUGGCUCCCUCAACUUUCUUCUUUAAGAUACCUUGACAUGAGUUCUGUUAACUUGAGCAAAGUUAAUAAUUGGCUCCAAGUAGUGAAUAAGCUACCUUACUUGACAUCCUUGCACUUGGAAUCAUGUAAUCUUCCAAGUAUUUUCUCUGUUUGGCUUGUUAAUUCUUCUACUUCUCUUCAUUCCCUCGAUCUCUCUGAUAACAGUCUCACAUCUUCUUCUUCUGUACUACAGUGGUUGUUCAACUUCAACACUAGUGUUGUUAAACUUGAUUUACGAUUUAAUCAAUUUCAUGGUUUAAUUCCAGAUGGUUUUAGCAAAAUGAAGUCUUUGACACAUCUCUUUCUUGAUUAUAAUGAGUUUGAAGGAGGGAUACCAAAAACCUUUAGUGGUCUGUGUAAUUUAAAUACAUUGUCUCUGCCAGUGAACAAUCUUAACGGACAACUUCUUGAAUUUUUUCAUAACUUGACUGGUUGUGCUAGCCAAUCAAUAGAGGUUUUGAAUUUAGAUUGGAAUCAAAUCAUGGGAUCGUUACCUGACCUCGCAACAUUUCCAUCAUUGAGAGAAUUAGGGCUUCAUCACAAUCAUUUGAAUGGGACAAUACUUGACAAUUUGGGAAAACAAUCCAGGCUAGAGAGAUUGUAUCUUGGUCAUAAUUCAUUUGAAGGUUUUAUUUCUGAAGCCCACUUCUCAGAGCUUACAAAAUUGAAGUAUUUGGACUUAUCUAAUACCUCAUUGGUUUUCAACUUCAGCUCUGAUUGGGUUCCACCUUUCCAAUUAGAAAAAAUAGCUUUAUGGUCUUGCCAACUAGGCCCUCAAUUCCCAAAAUGGCUUCAAACUCAAAAAAAUUGCAUUUGGCUUGAUAUUUCUAAUUCUGGAAUUUCAGAUUCCCUUUUUAAUUCAUAUUGGAUCUUCUCUCCUCGAUUAGUUUAUAUGAAUAUGUCUCACAACCAAAUCAGUGGCCACAUACCAAAUUUGUCAUUGGAGUUCUCCUCUCCCCCCACAAUAGACUUGAGUUCCAAUAAACUGGAAGGUGAAAUACCAUCAUUUUUAUUUAAAGUUACUCAUUUGGAUAUUUCUAAUAAUUUGUUUUCGGAGCCAGCCUUAUUCUUAUGUACAACCAAUAAUAGGAAUUUGAGCAUUCUAGACCUCUCCAACAAUCAAUUAUUGGGAGAGCUUCCUAACUGCUGGAUGCAUUUUGAAGGACUUAAAAUUCUUAAUGUUCCUUACUUGGGAUUGAAAUACUAG